CGCGCCGGUGCCGGGGCAGCGCUGUCCCCGCUGUCCCCGCUGUCCCCGCUGUCCCCGCUGCCAUGAGCGCCCCGCAGCCGCGCAUUCUUGAAACCUAUAACAGUCUUACAGACAAACACCUGGUUGGAUAUUUCAGCAAUGCCAGGAUAAGACGACAUCUUCAGAAAUCAGGACUGAUCUCCAGGAGCGGCAGAAUCAUACCGGAGAAGGAAUACCGCCUCAAUGCCAUAAGGAGGGACCACCAGAGACACGUCCAGGGCUGCUUGGCUGAUGCCAUAUAUCACAAGGUCCUUGACAUUGAGCAUCAUCAUCAGCUGGGUAUUAACAGGAGACUUGAUUGUUCUGCAAGGAAAGAGACAAUGCAGUCAGCCAAGAUCGAGCGCUUGAUGGGACAAGUGUCGCCCCUGUACGCCCCCCACCCGCCCGUGGCCCCCCGGAACCACCACGCGCUCUGUCCCUUGGUGUCCGGAGAGCGCACCGGGCGCUCGCUGCGGAGGGGACCCAGACUUAGAUUUGAUUAUGGCGAUGGGCGUUAUUAUUUCCGAGCCAAGGAGCCUCCCGUCUCUAAGAGGCAGAGCAGCGAGCUCAAGUUCAGGAACCCCAUGGAUUACAUGUCCGGCGCGUCCCCGUACCGGCCCCGCAAGCGCCGCCGCCGCGCGGCCCCGGUGCCGCCGCCGCGCCCGCACGUCGGGGACAGGUGCAUCCCCGGCAUCCGGCGCGGGCUGCCCGUCGAGAGAUGGUUCCACUCCACCACGGGCUUCAAUGAGCAGUUCUUGAUCAACAAUACCAAUGGGUUCCCCAAGUCCCCAUUAUGCAGCAACGCCCUGGUCACCAUGAUCUACCUGGGAAAGAGUAAGCAUGUGUCACUCCGUGAUCACAAGGAUGAAAUCAAAGUCUAUCAGCAAUACUGUGGAACAGAAAACAUUUGUGUCUAUAAAGGCGACCUGUUGGAAGGAGACACCUUCCAGUUCAUCUCUAAGAGGUACCUCGGUUACCCGUUCAGCCUCACCUUUUUCCUGAACGGGCUCCAAGUUGACAGGCUGAGCUCUUGCUGUGAGUACAGAGGCUUUCAGACCAAGAGGCCGUGCCGGCUGCAGCGCAGAAACACCUACUUCAGGGUGCUCCACGUGGCAGGAGCCCCUCCUUGCUACAGGUGCUUUCUCGCGAUGGGUCUGGACAAAAAGCUGUACCCUCCCAAGAAGAAGCUGAAGUUCUACUCGAGGCCGCACAUGUGCUCCUGCUCUCCUUACUGCGCGCACAGCGAGCCCUGUGACAGCAACGUGCUGCCCAAAUCCAUUGAAGACUCGGUGUCACUCACCAUAGCCAGCCAAGAGGACAGCGUGGACACUAUCGACGAAACACUCGACUCUGAACAGGAGUGCUGCGAGGAAGAAGAGGAAGAGGAAGGAGAAGAAAUAGAAGGAGAAAUAGAAGGAGAAGAAGUAGAAGAAGAAGCACAAACAGAAGACCGAUCUUUUGUGGGGACCGAAGGCACCACUCAGGAAACCAACACUCAGGAAACCACCAGUGAAAGUGAAUAUGAUGAAGAUUUUGAAGAUGAAGAAGUUAAUGAAGAGGGACAGAUUGGUGAUCAAAUGAAUGGAAUGUCAAAGUCAUCCUCAAAUGAUAAAAACCAUAAUUUAGACUAUGGAAAGGAGAGUGAAACCUCAUCUCAGAAGGCACUGCAGGCCUCUGACAGUGAGAAAGACAAAAGUGGCAGAUAUUCUGAUGACAGGGACUCUGAAGAUGAUCUGCCAGAGAGGAGGCCUGCAGACUCUCUCUCAUCCAUGAGCACUCAGUGCAGCACCGAGACUGACUCGCAAGCUGAAAUGAAGGCAGACCAUGGGAAUUGCAAAAAGGAUUGCAAUAUCAAAAGUACAUCUGAUAGUGCAGCACAUGCACACUGUGGAAAUGAGAAUGGGGAGAAGAAACUGCUCAGAGUGAAGGGAAAUCAAGAGAAUUCUGCACUGGAAAAGAAAGGAAUAUAUGAAGCAGACAAGACAAAACCAGAAGAUCUAACAGCAAGGGAAGAUACUAGAAUUUUUCAUGAAAACAUAAGGGCAAUGCAGCAUCAAAACCCUGAGGCUAACGGGGAAUUCAAGCAGACUGGGUCAGGAGAAAGUAGCAUGAAUGAGGAGGAGGAGGAAUGUCCUCCAGUGCCUUGGGAAAGCAGGGUAUUGGGCAAGGAGGAUGGCAACGAAGAGGAAGGAGCGGUUUUUGAAGACUGCAAACCAGUCCAGGAGGAAACAGCAAAAGCAACUGGAAAUGAUCAUCCUGUGAAUUCUGACCCUGAGCCUGGUGAUUUGUGUGCCAAUGAGGAAGAAAAGAAUGCAGCAAAUACAGAGCAUAGUGCCAGUGGAGCAGCAGAUGGAAGGCUCCUGGCAGAAGGGAGGAGAAGCCUGGAUGUGCAGGAGGCAGCAGCACGAGCAGGGGAGGCGGCAGGGCCGGGACAGACCCCGGAGCAGGACGGGGCUGCUGGGGGAGAUGCUGGCAGCAGAGAGGCCGCAGGAAAAGCUGCAGCGGCAGGGGAUGCACUGCCCCAGGCAGGCACGGGGGCUGCGCUGGGCGAGCUCGCGCCUGAGGAGGGCACCGUGGCACAGGAACGGCCCCGAGGAAAGGGAACAGGGCCGGCAGCGGAGCUGGGCACAGAGGGGUCGCCUGGGGAGCAGCGGGUGCUGGCGGAGGGCACGGACAGAGAGGUGGCACUGGGAAUGGCAGCAGCUGGCACAGAGGGGUCGCCUGGGGCGCAGGAGGUGCUGGCAGAGGGCACGGACAGAGAGGUGGCACUGGGAAGGGCAGUGGAGCUGGGCACAGAGGGGUCACCUGGGGAGCAGCGGGUGCUGGCAGAGGGCAGGGACAGAGAGGUGGCACUGGGGAAGGCAGCAGCUGGCACAGAGGGGUCGCCUGGGGAGCAGGAGGUGCUGGCAGAGGGCAGGGACAGAGAGGUGGCACUGGGAAUGGCAGCAGCUGGCACAGAGGGGUCGCCUGGGGUGCAGGAGGUGCUGGCAGAGGGCACAGACAGAGAGGUGACACUGGGAAAGGCAGUGGAGCUGGGCACAGAGGGGUCGCCCGGGGAGCAGUGGGUGCUGGCAGAGGGCACGGACAGAGAGGUGGCACUGGGAAGGGCAGUGGAGCUGGGCACAGAGGGGCCAGCUGGGGAGCAGCGGGUGCUGGCGGAGGGCACGGACAGAGAGGUGGCACUGGGAAAGGCAGUGGAGCUGGGCACAGAGGGGCCAGCUGGGGCACUGCCAGGGGGGCAGGCACACAGAGCCGUGCCCCAGGGGCAGGAGGGGGCUGGGGGCACCACUGAGGAGGAGGCUGCAGACGAAGGCCGCAAAGGAGCAGGAGGGCCCCCAGCAGAGGAGGAGGGGGGCCAGCCAGGGUCCGGGGCAGGGGAGCCCCUGGGGCAGGGAGGGUCUGCCACGACGGUGGCGGCUGUGUCAGAGGGAGAGGACGCUGGGGAGGAUGCUGAUGUGGCAGCUACAGAUGGGAAUGCCGGAGCUGUGGGCCCUGAAGGAGAAAAGGCUGUUGAAGAAGACUUUUCUGAAGGGGAGGAGGCUUUGGGGAAGCCUGGGGCUCUCUGGGAAGCACUAGGGGAUAUGGAAACAGGAGAAGUAAUGUCUGGAGGGGAAGGGUUUGUUAAGCCAAGUCAGUUUUCCCAGCUGAAAGUGUCAGAGGAAGAGUGGAUGGAGAUGGGGAAAGCUGUCCCCGGAGCUGCAGCAGCACUUGAGAGUGCUCAGGCUCUCCAGAGAGUGGAGGACACGAGAGAAGAGUCUGUGGAGGCCGACAAGGGUCCCGCACUGGAAGUGGCACCUGGGUUAGGGGCACUGGGGGCUGCUCGGGGGGAUCCUGUCACUGAGGGCUCAUCACAGGUGGAGGAGACACUGGCAGUGCAGGAGGAGGGUGCAGCAGAAGCACUCUGGAGUGGAAGCCCAUCUGAGGGCAGCGAAGCAGAGACAGAGGGAGCAGUGGAAGGAAAACCCGAGGGAGAGGCGGUGGGAGGGUCUGCAGGGGCGGCCGGAGCGGGCUCGGGGGAUGAAGAGGAGGCCACAGAUGGAGCGGCAGGUUCAGAGGAGCCGGCAGCGGGGACAGAGGGGUGGCUGAGGUGUGGGCAAGCGGGAGGGCAGGAGACGUGUCCCGGGGAGGGGGCGGCGGGGCCGGGCGGGAGCCGGGCCGGGGAGCCGGGGCUGGUGGCCAUCGCUGUGCUGGGCGGGCAGGCCGGGCCCGGAGCGCUGCCCGGGGGGCCCGCAGUGCCCGGGGGGCUGGCAGUGCCCGGGGGGCCCGCAGUGCCCGCAGUGCCCGCGGAGCCCGCAGUGCCCGGGGGGCUGGCAGUGCCCGCGGGGCCCGCAGUGCCCGCAGUGCCCGGGGGGCCGGCAGUGCCCUCGGGGCCCGCAGUGCCCGGGGCUGGCGGGCUGGGCACUGGGGCCAUGGCACAGGCCGGGGUGACGGCAGCAGCGCCGGGGGCACAGAGCGGGGCAGGGGCACAGCCGGUGUCGGGGCCGGGCGGGGAGCCGGGAGGGGCCGGGGAAGGGCCGGCCGGGGCACCCGCGGCUGCCGGGCCCGAGGGGAAGCGGGAGGCGGCAGCAGGGGCCGAGGCGCGGGCCGCGGGGCCCGCCGGAGCACAGCAGCCGGAGCCGGGCGCGGGGCCGCUCGGGCACCCAGCGGGGCUCGGAGCGGGGGCGCUGGGGGAGCAGGCCGCUGCAGAGGCCGCCCCGAGCGCCCCCGGGCACGGGGGAGUGGCGGCGAGGGCGAGAGGAGCGGGAGGCGAGGGGCUGUGCCCGGGCACCCCGCCACAGCCGGCAGCCGCAGGGACAGCGCGGGGCAGGCACGGGCGGCAGGAGCCGGGCAUGGAGCGGGAUGCAGGGCAAGCCGGGGAGCGGCAGCCGAGUGCCCCUGAGAACACCAGAGAGGGCGAGGUGGCCGCUGUCUCGGCCAGUGCCGGGCCCGCUGCCGGAGCCGCGGAGCCGAGGAAGGACGGUCCCGUCGGAGGGAGCCCGAGUGUCCCGGCAGCCGCUGACGGGGGCGACAGGAGCCGCAGUUCCCGUCAGGAUAGUGCAUACCCAGACUCACUCAUCAUGUCCUCAGAAGAGGAUGGGGAAGAAACCCUGCUCUGAGCUUUUCCUGCAGCCCUCGGUGUUGUGUACUGCCCCAUGCUCUCAGCUGGCCGCGGGUUUGUGCCGGCUGGGAUGUCGCUCCUCUCUCUCUUCACCCCGUGAGUAGCGCAGCCACCUGCCACGUCUCACUGGAGCAGCUCCUCAGCGUGCAGCAGACAACUGGAACAAGCUUGUGUCUGCCAGCCCGGGAAGCAGCACUCCUUUGGAAGGACGAGGACAGUAAUCACAAGGAUUGUUCCACACCUGUCUGCCUUGCUUUUCUUGAAAACCAGAGAAGUACUGGGCUGACUGAACUUGCCCUCGUCCCCUAGGCGCCGCUUGCUCCUGCAGGCAGGCAGGGCUGUUCUCCUGGCAUCUUCCCCACCCAUGCCAGGGCAGGGGAGCCCUCCUGCUUGCACAGUGCCCCCGUGCCAGGAGCGUGUGGGGGGCUCCCCUCCCCUUGGCAUCCAGGCUUGCUGCUGGCCACACUCCAGGGCAUUCUCAGCACGUGGAAAUGUUGAAAUUUGUUAAAUCAGAACAAUUGCAACAGGUAUUUGUAAAUGCAUAAAGCUUGGCCUUCUGCUUUUGCUGGAGUCACUCAGGAGGAGUCAGUGGAGCCUCAGCUGAGGCUGCCAGGAGGGUGGUGAGUUUAGAGGUGCCUCAGCCUGGCUGCCCUUCCCUGCUGCCCCAGGCUCUUCCCAGCUCAGCUGCGCCUCUGGCAGCACUGGGGCCUCAGGACCCUUCUGGGCCAGGCAAAACCCCUUCGGGGCUGGGUGUGCAGCAGCCUGUAGGCACUCCAAGCUUGGUGGGUGCAGCAGACUCAGCCCCACAGAGUGGGGACUGUAACUGCCUUUUCAAGGAGGGAGAAGACGCUGAAAUGGGCAGGAUUUUGAGCGGAUUGGUGCUGUGAGUCACGGCAGAUCAAUAGACACGGAACUGGAAACUCAAACGUGAUCAAGUGGUUGCUGUGUGUUUGCUCCUAGAGACAUUCCUGUACUAGAGCUGGUUGCAUGUGUGUGUUUAGUCUGCACAUGUCUCAGAGGGCUGCGCUUUCUCUGUCCAUACCCAUGCCUACGUGUUCACUCAGGCCUAUUAAAUACCUGUACAAGUC